UGUCUCUUUGAGGUGGAAGAGAGAGAAAGAGUGUCAAAAACUAGGCCUUUAAACCGCUGACGUCUUGUCUUUUCUAAAUCUGUUUCUGGGUUUUCUUUUUCCUUCCAAAUUUCCAUCCUUGUGUACAAAUUUGCAUGUUUUGAGGGAGAAAAUACUAACUGUAGUUAAGACCGUAAUGUCUGUGAAGAGUAGAGGAGAGUUUGCUUUAAAGCAUGUUUUACCAAGGAACUUGGCUCUCUUGCUUUGUUUUGCUAGCUUCUGCGCUGGAAUGUUCUUCACCAACAGGAUGUGGAUGGUGCCUGAUGCCAAAGGCAUUCCGAGGACAUUUAGAGGUGGGGAUAAACAACUUACAGACUGUGAUCUGAAAAUCAAGGUUUUAAGAAAUGAAGCCAAUAGCUCUAGAGGAAUUUCAGGGUCCCAACAUUCUAUUCAGAUAGUGGAUAAAGCCAUUUCAGAUUUGGAGAUGAAAUUACUGGCCGCUAGGGCAGAACGUGAGACAAUUAUGAAAGACCCUAUGAUAUCCAAGGACUUGAAGAAUGUUGAAUCAACUUUAAAAGGAAAAUAUUUUAUGGUUAUAGGAAUCAAUACAGCUUUUAGUAGUCGUAAGCGGAGAGAUUCAGUGCGUGCAACUUGGAUGCCUCAAGCUGAGAAGCGAAAAAAAUUGGAAGAAGAGAAAGGCAUCAUCAUACGCUUUGUUAUAGGUCACAGUUCAACAUUGGGUGGCAUUCUUGAUAAAGCCAUUGAAGCAGAGGAAAGGGUGCAUGGAGAUUUUCUGAGAUUGCAACACAUUGAGGGCUACCUGGAGUUGUCAGCCAAGACAAAAACUUAUUUUGCCACUGCUGUUUCCUUGUGGGAUGCAGAAUUUUAUGUCAAAGUUGAUGAUGAUGUUCAUGUGAAUCUGGCAACACUUGGUAUGACUUUAGCUGGACAUAGAAAGAAACCUCGAGUUUAUGUUGGCUGCAUGAAGUCUGGUCCUGUUCUAGCUCGAAAGGGAGUGAAAUACCAUGAACCUGAGUACUGGAAAUUUGGUGAGGUUGGAAACAAAUAUUUUCGACAUGCUACAGGGCAACUGUAUGCUAUAUCAAAAGAUUUGGCCACUUACAUAUCAAUAAAUCAGAAUGUACUGCAUAAAUAUGCUAAUGAAGAUGUUUCAUUGGGAUCUUGGUUUAUUGGUUUAGAUGUGGAGCAUGUGGAUGAUAGGAGACUCUGCUGUGGUACUCCGCCAGAUUGUGAAUGGAAAGCGCAAUCUGGUAAUAUCUGUGUUGCUUCAUUUGACUGGAGGUGCAGUGGGAUUUGCAGGUCUGUGGAGAGGAUUAUGGAUGUUCAUGAACGUUGUGGCGAGGACAAGAAUGCUUUAUGGAGCACAAACUUUGUGCAAACGGUGAGAAAUACUUCUUUCUGAGGAAAGAUAUACAUGAGAGAGCAGGCAUAGAGAUGCUUUUUGUUUCCUUUCUUUUUUCUUCUUUCCCACACUCAUAGCAUUUCUUUCGUGGGUGUAAAGAAUUUUUAAUAUUAGAGCUUACGAUAGUAAUGGAAGAGAGGCCCCUUGCUGCUGGGAUACCCCCCUCCUUCAUCUGAGGAUACCAACCCCAAGAGCUGUAAGAAAGAAAGACAGAACUGCCUCAACCUCAUUCUUUGAAUGGUGGAGGGCUGUAUUACAAGUUCUCUGCCAUGUGAUAUGAUCAGAUCCAUAAUUACUAAUAAUCUUUGUGGGCAGCAUUUUGCCGCUCCUACUCAAUAAAAUCAAUAUGUUAGACAUUUAUAUCUUCAAGAUAAUUCUCUCUCCUGUCGUUCAUAUGAACAACUUUGAUUCCGAUAUGCUAUUUAUUAUUCUUGAUCAUGAUUUGUUUGACAAACGAGAGCCACAGUCUGAGUUUAUGUAUGCUGGCAGCGAUCCUAUGCUGAAUAUCAAAAGACUGGUAGAU